AUGUGGAGGUUGAAGAUUGCAGAGGGUGAAAACGAGCCCUACUUGUACAGUACCAAUAAUUUCGUGGGUAGGCAGACAUGGGAGUUCAAUCCUAACGUUGGAACCCCUCUAGAGCGACAAGAGGUUGAUCAGGCUCGUCAAAAUUUUUAUAACAAUCGAUUUUAUCGCAAAUCCAGUGCUGAUCUUCUCUGGCGCAUGCAGUUCUUGAAGGAGAAAAAUUUCGAGCAAAAAAUUCCUCAAGUGAAAGUUGAGGAUGGAGAAGAAAUCACAGAGGAAACAGCCAGAACAACUUUGAGGAGAGCCGUUCAUUUCUUCUCAGCCUUGCAAGCAAGCGAUGGUCAUUGGCCUGCCGAAAAUGCUGGCCCAUUGUUUUUUCUCCCACCUCUGGUAAUAUGUCUGUAUAUUACUGGACAUCUUGAUGUUGUUUUUUCUUCUCAACAUCGUAAAGAGAUUCUUCGUUAUAUAUACAAUCAUCAGAAUGAAGAUGGUGGAUGGGGAUUGCACAUAGAAGGGCAUAGCAUCAUGUUCAGUACAGUCUUGAACUACGUAUGCAUGCGGAUUCUUGGAGAAGGAAGAGAUGGUGGAGAAGACAAUGCAUGUAGCAGAGCUCGUAGUUGGAUCCUUGAUCAUGGUAGUGCAACUCAUAUACCAUCUUGGGGAAAGACUUGGCUCUCGGUAAUAUACAUAUAUUAUUCAAACAGCACAUGCGAAGAUGUAUAUUAUCCUCGUCUUUUAUUACAAGACUUGAUUUGGGACACCCUCUACCUUUUUGGCGAGCCUUUUUUUACUAAUUGGCCUCUAAACAAACUAGUGAGAGAGAAAGCUCUCCGAAUUAUCAUGAAACAUAUUCACUAUGAAGACAAAAACAGUCGAUACAUCACCAUCGGCUGUAUUGAAAAGGUUUUAUGCAUGCUCGCUUGUUGGGUUGAGGAUCCACUUGGAGAUUAUUUUAAGAAGCAUCUCGUGAGAAUUUCGGAUUAUUUAUGGGUAGCUGAAGAUGGAAUGAAGAUGCAGACCUUUGGGAGCCAAGCAUGGGAUACUGCUUUCGCUAUUCAAGCUUUGCUUGCAAGUAAUUUGGCACAAGAAAUUCCGGAUGUAAUCAAGAGAGCACAUGAUUUUAUAAAAACAUCUCAGGUGAAAGAAAAUCCUUCAGGCGAUUUUAAGAGUAUGUAUCGUCAUAUUUCUAAAGGAUCAUGGACAUUUUCUGAUCAAGAUCAUGGUUGGCAAGUUUCUGAUUGCACUGCAGAGGGUUUAAAGUGUUGUUUAUAUUUGUCAAUGAUGUCACCGGAGCUCAUUGGUGAGAGAAUGGAAGCUGAGAGAUUGUAUGAUUCUGUGAACAUUCUGCUUUUCUUACAGAGUAAAAAUGGCGGUUUAGCUGUAUGGGAGCCGGCUGGUGCACAAGAAUGGUUGGAACUACUGAAUCCUAUUGAAUUUGCUGCGGACAUCGUGAUUGAGCACGAAUAUGUUGAAUGUACUGUAUCUGCAAUUGACGCACUUGUUUUGUUCAAAGAGUUAUAUCCCAAUCAUAGAAAAAAAGAAAUUGAUAAUUUCAUCAAGAAUGCUGUAAAAUACCUUCAAGACACACAGAUGACUGAUGGCUCAUGGUAUGGAAGUUGGGGAAUUUAUUCGAGGAAGAAUCUUUUUGAAGGAGGGGAUGAUGUGAGCAUUGACAUGGAUCAAGUUGGUGGAAAAGAUAUCUCAAUGUCAAGUGGACCCAUUACAAGGGAGAGAGCUAAAAGAUUACAACAAACGUUCUAA